GAACUCGAUCUCUACCUUGACAAAAAAUUCCCAUAGACUUAGAGACAAUGAGUGGAGAAGGGAAAUUGGUGUGUGUUACAGGAGCUUCAGGUUACAUAGCUUCAUGGUUAGUGAAGCUGUUGCUUGAACGUGGUUACACCGUCACUCUGUCUCUCACUUCAGCUUUUCUAUAUUUGGAUGAUUUUGACUUUUUAAGUUCUAUGUCUCCAAGUUUUACUUCUGGGUUUAGUAGUUUUACUGAUGAUCCUAAGAUAAAGCACUUACAUGAACUUGAUGGAGCUAAAGAAAGACUUCAUUUGUUGAAGGCAAACUUGUUAGAAGAAGGAUCUUUUGAUUCUGCAGUUGAUGGCUGUGAAGGUGUUUUCCAUACAGCUUCCCCUGUAUUUGUUUCAACCAAUGACCCUCAGGCAGAUUUUAUUGAUCCUGCAGUAAAGGGAACACUUAAUGUUCUUAGUUCAUGCAUAAAAGUUCAGUCUGUCAAGAGAGUUGUUGUAACAGCUUCUCUAGCUUCAAUUGCAUUCAAUGGAAAACCUCUGACCCCUGAUGUGGUGGUUGAUGAGACUUGGUUUUCAGAUCCAGCUUUUUGCAAGGAGUCAAAGUACUGGUAUCAUCUUUCCAAGACCUUAGCAGAAGAGGCAGCUUGGAGAUUUGCAAAAGAGAAUGGGAUUGACUUGAUUACAUUACAUCCGGGAUUGGUUAUCGGUCCUUUGUUACAGUCAUCACUUAAUUUCUCUGUGGAGGUGAUUUUGAACCUUUUCAAUGGAGCUCAAUCAUGCCCUAGCCCUUACAGACUUGUUGAUGUUAGAGAUGUUGCAUAUGCACAUAUUCAAGCUCUUGAGGUUCCCACAGCUAGUGGCAGGUAUUUGUUGGUUGGUAGAGUUACACAACUUUCUGAGAUUCUGAAGGUUUUGCGCCAACAUUGCCCUACUUUCACCCUUCGAGAAAAAUUCAAAGCCGUGAAGUAUGAGCCAUCAUUCCAGGUUAAUAAUGAGAGAGCCAUGAGUUUGGGCAUCAACUUUACGCCUUGGGACGUAAGUGUGCAGGACACUCUGGAAAGCUUGAAGGAGAAAGGUUUUCUCAAACUUGUUGAUGUUAGAGAUGUUGCAUAUGCACAUAUUCAAGCUCUUGAGGUUCCCACAGCUAGUGGAAGAUAUUUGUUGGUCGGCAGAGUUACACAACUUUCUGAGGUUCUGAAGGUUUUGCACCAACAUUGCCCUACUUUCACCCUUCCAGAAAAAUUCAAAGCUGUGAAGUAUGAGCCAUCAUUCCAGGUUAAUAAUGAGAGAGCCAAGAGUUUGGGCAUCAACUUUACGCCUUGGGACGUAAGUGUGCAGGACACUGUGGAAAGCUUGAAGGAGAAAGGUUUUCUCAAGUUCUAAGAAGCUACUGAAAGGAAGUGAUGAAAGUAUCGUGAAAAAGUGUCAACACACGACUGGUGGGAUUUCUUCAUCAAUAAGAAUAUUGUACAGAUGUUGUUACUUGUAAA